CUUCACAGUUCACUCAUAUAAACAAAAAUAAAAACAUUGAAAACAACAUAAACAACCUCUUCAUCUCUCUAUCUUAAGCUCCAUCAAUGGCUGCUGUUACCAUCAAACACUACUCUCUAAUCACCCUCUUAUUCUCAGUUCUCUCUAUUACCAGUUCAGCUUCAACUGAAGCUGACAUUCUUCUUUCUUUCAAAGCUUCCAUUGAAGACCCCAAGAACUCACUUUCAAGCUGGUCUGCUACUACCUCAAAUCUUCAUUACUGUAACUGGACUGGGGUUUCAUGUUCUUCUAGCUCACUCACUGUAACCUCUCUUAACCUUCAGAGUCUGAAUCUUUCUGGUGAAAUUUCUUCUACUCUUUGUGGGUUGUCUAAUUUGAGUGUUCUUAAUCUUGCUGAUAACUUUUUUAACCAGCCUAUACCUUUACAUCUGUCUGAAUGUAAUUCCCUGGUGAAGUUGAAUCUUAGUAAUAAUCUGAUUUGGGGUACAAUCCCAGAUCAGAUUUCUGAGUUUAAGUCUUUGGAAGUUCUUGAUUUUGGUAGGAAUCAUAUUGAGGGGAAAAUCCCUGAUAGCAUUGGUUUAUUGGUGAAUUUGCAAGUGCUCAACUUGGGAAGUAAUUUGUUAUCAGGUAGUGUUCCUUUUGUUUUUGGGAAUUUUAGUGAGCUUGUUGUUCUUGAUUUGUCUCAAAAUGUUUACUUAGUGAGUGAGAUUCCUAGUGAUAUUGGUAAUUUGAAGAAGCUUGAGCAACUUUUCUUGCAUAGUUCUGGUUUUCAUGGUCGAAUUCCGGGUUCUUUUGUGGGGUUGCAAAGUUUAGCCAUUUUGGACUUGUCACAGAACAAUCUUAGUGGUGUAAUUAGUCCAGCAUUGGGUUCUUCUCUCAAGAGCCUUGCUUCUUUUGAUGUCUCUCAAAAUAAGAUUUCAGGGUCGUUUCCUAUUGGUGUUUGUAGAGCACAAGGACUCAAAAACCUUGCUUUACAUACUAAUUUGUUCAGUGGUUCUAUACCUACUUCAGUUCAUGAAUGCUUGAAUCUUGAGAGGUUUCAAGUUCAAAACAAUGAGUUUUCUGGCGAUUUCCCUGAUGAGUUGUGGUCAUUAAGCAAAUUGAAGCUCAUAAGAGCAGAAAACAAUAGAUUUUCUGGUAAGAUACCGGAUUCUAUAUCAAUGGCCGGUCAAUUGGAGCAAGUUCAGAUAGAUAAUAACAGCUUCUCUAGUAAAAUUCCUCAGGGUCUUGGCUCGGUUAAGAGUCUAUAUAGAUUUUCCGCAUCUCUUAAUGGAUUCUAUGGUGAAUUGCCUCCUAAUUUUUGUGAUUCUCCAGUUAUGAGCAUUAUAAAUCUUUCUCAUAACUCUCUUUCUGGUCAUAUUCCUGAACUCAAGAAAUGCAGGAAACUUGUCUCGUUGUCUUUGGCAGACAAUAGUCUCACCGGAGAAAUCCCAUCAAGCCUUGCUGAUUUGCCUGUGCUAACGUAUCUUGAUUUGUCGGAUAACAAUCUCACUGGCUCAAUCCCUCAAGGGCUGCAAAAUUUGAAGCUUGCUCUCUUCAAUGUGUCUUUCAACAAACUUUCUGGUAGAGUCCCUCCUGCUUUAAUUUCAGGUCUCCCUGCGUCCUUCAUGGAAGGAAAUCCUGGCCUUUGUGGUCCGGGAUUGCCUAAUUCUUGUUCUGAUGAGCUACCAAGACACCAUGGCUCUUUUGGUCUUAGUGCAAUGGCAUGUGCUCUGAUCUCUAUAGCAUUUGGCAUUGGUAUUUUGCUUAUUGCUGCUGGAUUUUUUGCAUUCCAUCGAUCCUCUAAGUGGAAAUCUCAAAUGGGUGGCUGGCGAUCAGUAUUUUUCUAUCCUCUUAGAGUAAGCGAGCAUGAUUUGGUUAUGGCGAUGGAUGAAAAAAGUGCUGUAGGAAGUAGUGGAGCUUUUGGCAGAGUGUAUAUUGUAAGUUUACCUAGUGGAGAACUGGUUGCUGUGAAGAGGCUAGUCAAUAUAGGUAGCCAAUCUUCGAAAACCCUGAAGGCUGAGGUCAAGACGUUGGCCAAGAUUAGGCACAAGAGCAUAGUUAAAGUUCUUGGCUUUUGCCAUUCCGAUGAAUCAAUAUUUCUAAUUUAUGAAUACCUGCAAAGGGGAAGCUUAGGAGAUGUUAUUGGCAAACCAGACUGUCAGUUGCAAUGGAGUGUUAGACUGAAGAUUGCCAUAGGAGUUGCUCAAGGAUUGGCAUAUCUUCACAAGGAUUAUGCUCCACAUUUACUUCACAGAAAUGUCAAGUCAAAAAAUAUUCUUCUGGAUGCUGAUUUUGAACCAAAGCUCACAGAUUUUGCUCUUGACCGGAUUGUGGGAGAAGCUGCAUUUAGCUCAACCAUUGCUUCAGAAUCUGCAGACUCAUGUUAUAAUGCCCCUGAAAUUGGGUAUAGUAAAAAAGCAACAGAGCAAAUGGACGUUUACAGCUUUGGUGUUGUGCUACUGGAGCUCAUAACUGGCCGACAAGCUGAGCUUGCAGAACCAACAGAUUCUCUUGACAUUGUGAAAUGGGUUCGAAGGAAAAUCAACAUAAGUAACGGAGCAGUCCAAGUUCUAGAUUGCAAAAUAUCAAACACUUUCCAUCAAGAGAUGCUGGGAGCUCUAAACAUUGCUAUUCGAUGCACGUCCGUAAUGCCGGAGAAACGACCAUCGAUGGCUGAAGUUGCACGAGAACUUCUUUCCAUAACCUCGCGAACUCAGCUUCCACAUUCAUACUCAUCUACGUUGGAUGAGAGUUCAUCAUGUCCAGUUUAAAUGUGGAGCGAGGGAUUAUCCCAUUAUUUUUUUAUGGUUUCAUCUCAUUGUAUGUAAAAGAAUGCAGCUUGAUUUCAUAUAUGUCAUGUUCAUAUCACUUGAGUGGGAAAGAAAGAAUGUCUGUAUGAUAUUCUCUGCUGGUUUGGGGGUUUAGGCCUAUUGAUGAGCUUAGAAGCAGUUUCAUGUGUUAUAUUAAGAUCACCGAGCAAUACGCAAUAGGCACUUCUGCUAUACGUUUGUCAAGUUUCAAAAGAAUUUCUGCAAAAAUGAAAAUCAUUCAGUUUGAACUUA